GCACUCGGCCCCUCGGCAGACACCCCAGGAGCCCGCCGCCCCCUCGGCUCCGCGCUGGCGAGGCCGCUGGUGGCAGAGCGCGGAGCACCGCGCGAGUCGCCGUCCCCGCCUGCCGCGUCCUGCAGAAAGAUCCUGGAGUGUGUGUCCAGAUGCUGGCCCGGCCGCCACGGGGGAGUCCUCUGGGAGACUGAAGGGCAGGCCCCGGGGCUCAGGUUGAGGCCAACCAGCCCUGAGCCUUAGGGCAGGGGAAUGGCAGCCUCCCUGGAGCCCCAGGACCAGGCUCCUGGGGAGAGAGAAGGGCUCCUAAUCGUGAAGAUAGAAGAUUCCUCCUGGGAGCAGGAAUCUUCCCAGCAAGAGGACAGCAGGGAUUCCGAGGCCUGUCGCCAGCGCUUUCGGCAGUUCUGCUACCGGGAUGCGGGUGGGCCCCACGAGGCCUUCAGCCAGCUAUGGGAGCUGUGCUGCCGCUGGCUGCGGCCCGAGCUGCAUUCCAAGGAGCAGAUCCUGGAGCUGCUGGUGCUGGAGCAGUUCCUGAGCGUGCUGCCUGGGGGCGUCCAGGGCUGGGUGCAAGAACGGCGGCCGGGGAGCGGCGAGGAGGCCGUCGCCUUGGUGGAGGACCUGCAGAAGCAGCCAGUGAAAGCCUGGCAGCAGGAUGUGCCCUCAGAGGCGGUGGAACCCAAGGCUGCAGACCAGGGAUCCCAGUCUGGGGGGCCUCCCCUGAAGGCAGGGGCUCGGAGCCGGCUGCCUGUAACCCAGGAACAGAACAGCCUUGGUGCCCAGCCCACCCUCCAGCUUCCUGCCCUUAAAGAGGGGAGCACCAGAGAGACGACGGACACCAGCUUUUCCUCGGGGGUCCAGGGACCUGUGACAUUUGGAGACGUUCCCUUCUAUUUCUCUCGGGAAGAAUGGGGGUCUCUGGAACCCGCUCAGAGGGAUCUGUUCUGGGACAUCAAGCGGGAGAGCUCCCGGAACAUUGCCCUGGGUUUGGGGCUCAAAAACCAACGCGAGCCGUCCAGGCUGGAGGAGGCGGUGGCAGCGUUGCCCAGCGGGGCUGGCGGCCUCGUGCCUGCGCCCUGGAGCGCGGAGGAGUCCGAGGCCUGGGAGAGCGAGAACCGGCGGGCGGGCGGGGCGCGGCGGGGGCGGCUGCCCACGCGCCGGCGGCAGUUCCGGGACCUGGCGGCAGAGAAGCCCCACAGCUGCGGGCAGUGCGGCAAGCGCUUCCGCUGGGGCUCGGACCUGGCCCGGCACCAGCGCACGCACACGGGCGAGAAGCCCCACAAGUGCCCCGAGUGCGAGAAGAGCUUCCGCAGCUCCUCGGACCUGGUGCGGCACCAGGGUGUGCACACCGGCGAGAAGCCCUUCUCCUGCUCCGAGUGCGGCAAGAGUUUCAGCCGCAGCGCCUACCUGGCGGACCACCAGCGCAUCCACACCGGUGAGAAGCCCUUUGGCUGCAGCGACUGCGGCAAGAGCUUCUCACUGCGCUCCUACCUGCUGGACCACCGGCGCGUGCACACGGGCGAGCGGCCCUUCGGCUGCGGCGAGUGCGACAAGAGCUUUAAGCAGCGGGCCCACCUCAUCGCCCACCAGAGCCUCCAUGCCAAGAUGGCCCAGCCCGUGGGGUGAGCGGCCGGCGGCGGCUCAGCAGGCUCUUCCCGCGGUGCCUGGAGUCCCCACACCACUCCUCCACCCCCUCGGGGAUUCUCCUGCCUGUGGCCACGUGCCAGGAGCUGCCCUCGGGACCCCAGGACCCCACCGCUCAGAACUUGCCUCACCUUGCUCUGUGCAGGGGACCUGCCCACAACCCCCUCAACCUCGUCGCCCUUCCCCGCUGGUUUUUGGAGGCCUGACACACCCCUCGCCAGUGGCCUUGGUGUGCGGGGAAAGGCUGGGGGUGGAAGGGAUGCCCAAAAGCUAAGGCAGGGCCUGGGGUCCCCGUCCCAGACCCCUUCAGCCCCACUUCACUGUGGCUCUCUGUUUCCUUCCUUCUCAGGUGGCUCCACGGGCCAGGCUCUGUCCCUUCCAACCUGUGCCUUCCAGUGGGGUGGGCAGAGGCCUUGGCCCCUGGGGGCUGCAGGGCUUUGGGAGGGACAGUCAUCCCUCACUUGAGGCAGGAUCUGGAUCCUAAGCGUGGCCACAGAGGGCUGCUGUGGGGGCUCCUGGCCUCCACUCCACUCCCGUUCCCAGGCUACCCUCACUGCCCUAUCCUGGAGACACUGAAGCUGCCUAACCCCUGGCAGACCUCCCCACCUCCAGGUGGCCUGGCGAGGGUGGCAGUGGCUCCAGGUACACGAGGUCAACCCUAGAGGCCAAGAACAGGGUCACAGGUCCCUCUGCUCCUCGUUCCUCCCGAAGUCGAGCAGUUACUCUGUUUUAACACUAGCACUGGCUUAGCACUCCGCUGCUGGCCCAUUAAGCACUGCAUUUUGCCACGUUUGCAGUUUUGCACUGACAGGGACAGAGCACUGAGCCCGCCCGAGGAUUUCGGGCAGCCUGCCCAAGCGGGGCAGCAGAGCAUUUGAAUAAACCUGGGAACUCCUC